GUGGUUUGCGAUCCGGCUGCCGCCAGCGCCGCCGCCGCUCCUCCGAGCCGGAUAGUCAUUUCUCCCUUUUGCAAGGGAUGCAAGAGCGGCCGUCUCGUCUUUGUCUUUCCCGGCUGCCCUGAGCUUUGGGCGGCUCGAGCGGGGGGCCCUAGAAGCCCCCGGGGACGGAGCCCGCGGCUGCCUCUCGGUUCAUAAGCGGGAGCUUCCAGAUAUUUUUCCUGUGAAGACAACCAGCUACUUCAGAAGGAAAUGGCCCAGGCACAUUCUGCGCAGAUCCAGCAGGAUCUCUUAGGCUCUGAUCAAGAAAGACUCUACAGAGAAGUGAUGCAAGAAAGUUAUAACACCAUCUUCAGAGCUUCUCCUCUUCAGCUUCAAAAAUCUGAACUCCUGGCACAUCUGAAACGAGGACAAGAAGGUCUUCAGAGCUCCAGCAAUAGUGCUGAUCAAAAGCUGGUUAAAGAAGCCCUGAAGAAAUGGCCAGAAGCAGGAAACUGGUGGAAUUCUUACCGGAGUCCCGUGAGCGUGCCCACUUCAGAUUCAUCGAGUUCAGAUGAUGACGUUGCCAGCGAGAAGGAAGAGGAGGAGAGCGUUCCGUGGGAGAACCAGCGGACUACGAAACCUCGUGCUGCUUUGCUAGGCCAAUGGGAGAGUGUCCCGCGGCAGGGAAAAGCUUGCAAGAUCCAGCACGGCCGCCUGCAGGACUCCCGCCCCAGAGUUAACCGUGCUGAUGGGAAAAAGAAAGGCCUUGCUGGCGGCAGCAAUAGCCGGCAAGGAAUGGAUACCGAAGAGAGCCAGAACGAAUGCACCGUAUGUGGGAAAAUCUUUGGCAGGAGAUCAUCCCUCAUCAGGCAUUUCAAAGUCCACAGCGGAGACAAACCUUUUAGAUGCUCCAUCUGCGGCAAGUGCUUCCUCGCGAAAACCAGCCUGGUUUUACACAAGGAGAGUAUGCAUAAAAAACGACCCCGUUCGGGAAAGAAACGCUGGGAAUGUUGUGAGUGUGGGCAGAUCUUUGCCACGAAAGCUUUUCUGACGGAGCAUCAGCAGAUGCACAGCAGCGAAAAGAAGCAUCCGUGCCCUGCCUGCGAGGAAAGCUUCGCGGAAACCAGGCACCUUGUGAAGCAUCUUAUGACCACUCACUCUGGGGACCAUGUCUUCCAGUGCCCCGUCUGUGGAAAAGGCUUUAUGAAGGAGAAGGAGCUUGUGAAGCACCAAGUAAAGAACCACGGCGAGAGCCACUGGUUCCCCAGUCUGGGCAGCGAAAACAGCUGCAAGGAAAAAACGCCCCCGAUCAAACACAAGGGGUCUUAUCUGAGCCCCGAAAUUCUUCCCGGUGCGGCGUACGAAGCAAGAAACGGUGGGGUGGAACGUCCCCUGACCUGCGGCCACUGUGGGAAGUCUUACAAGCAAGAGAAGGCUUUCCUUAAUCACCAGAGUGUGUGCGUGAGGCCGCGACCGAGCGGUGAAGGAAAAGUCCUCAAGGAAGACGGCCCACUCACUAAAAACCAGAUCACCCACGUGGAAAUGAAAGAUAACACUUGCUUCGACUGUGGGAAACCCGUGUGCAAAAGUUCGCUGCUGGCCUCUCAGCCCAAGGCAGACCCGGAAAAGAAGCUUCAGGUGUGCCCCGAAUGUGGGGAAAGUUUUAGAGACAGCCACAGUUUUGAGAACCACUUGAAAAGCCACCAAAAGUCACCCUCUUCUCAAAACGACUCAGCUUGGGAGGGCCUUGGGGGGAAAACACUGCCCAUGCCGGAGAAGAAAAGCCGCUACCAGUGCCGAGGCUGCAGGCGAGACUACUCGACUCAUUAUAAUCUCAGGAGGCACCAACGGAUCCACCUGGAAUGCCGGUACAGGAGGAACGGCCGCAAGGGGAAGGACGCCGCCUACAGCUGGUUCUUCCUGGACUUCCCGAAAGCCCGUAGCAGAGAGCAGACCCUUCAGCACAAGUGCACCUUCUGCGGGAAAGCCUUCAAAACGAAAAGCACCCUCGGUCGACACCACCAAAUCCACAUCAAAGGCAAGCCUUACAAGUGCACCAUCUGCGGGAAAGCGUUCGUCUACCGCUACACCCUCGCCCACCAUCAGGAGAUCCACCUGGAAGACCAGCUCUACCAGCACAAGUGCUCCAUCUGCACGAAGGCCUUCAGGACCCCGUCGGCCCUCCGCCGGCAUCAGCAGCUGCACAAGGAAGGCAAGCCCUACAUCUGCAACAUCUGCGGGAAAGCUUUCGCCUACCGGUACAACCUCACCCACCAUCGGGAAAUCCACGUCGAAGGGCAGAUCUAUAAGUGCUCUUUCUGCUGGAAGGCCUUCCGAACCAGUUACUCCCUCAGCAGGCACAAGCGCAUCCACACCGAGACCAGGUCCUACCAGUGCCCUACUUGCAGGAAAGCCUUUGGAACGAAAUACUCCCUUUGGAGGCAUCAGGAGAUGCACGUGAAAGAGGAACCGGAUAGCUUGCUUGGCGGAAAUGAGGCCGGGGACAGCUCUGUCAAAGAUCAAGCUAGUGGUAGCAAUGACGGCACGGAUAAACAGUUUACCCAUCCGGUCCACUCUCCAGGCCAGGGAGUCCAUAAGGAACGGCAACCCCCGGAAGGCUCUGAGAACACGAGCAGCUCGCUCCUCCCCGAUCAUCAAAGCACGCGUGUAGAGGAAAAUGCUAUUAAACCAUCGGACAGUCAAACUUUCAGGAGCGUUGGAGUGGGGGCUAAAGGUCAAGACAAGCCUAUAAAAGGAGAGCCCCAGCCGUGGACCAACGGCCCGUUGUACACAGGACAGGGAAUCCAAACGGCGGAAGAUCUCCCAGGGUCCUCUGAAAAUGGGGACAUCUCCUUAGGCCCCGUGGGAAACCAUGCCGUUAAAGAGCCCGCUGAUUGGUGCUUCCUAGGUAAAUUGCCCGGGGUUGGCCAACAAGGGAUGGUCCCGCAGGAAAAAAAAUACAGCUGCCCUAAUUGUGGGAAGUCCUUUAGAGAUAAAUAUUCCCUUACAAGACACGAGAAAGUCCACUUCCCCGAGAGGCCUUAUCCGUGUCCAAAGUGUGAGAAGAGUUUCCGCAGUACUAAAGACCUGGAGAAGCAUCAGGUGACCCAUUCGGAUCGGAGGCCCCAUCAGUGUGGUGAAUGUGGGAAAUACUUGAAGACAAAGUACACGCUCGAUAAGCAUCAGAAGACCCACAAAGGGGAAAAGCCAUUCUGCUGCUCUUAUUGUGGCCGAAGGGUGACCACAAGCACAAUUCUUCGGUACCACCAGAGAACCCACACCGGGGAGAGGCCGUAUAAAUGUGCCGUGUGCGAUAAAAGUUACAUCAGCAAGUGGUCCCUUAAAAAACAUUUGGAGUUGCAUUACAAAACAAGUCCGCCAAACGACCUUCAGGAAGCAUCUCAGCUUGACCACAAAAGCUAAGGCGACUUGGUCACUUGUGGGUGAAGAAGUGGGACACCGUUUUAAUCCAUAAGGUUUGGAGGUCUUUUGGAACUGGUCUGGGUUGAAACAUCCGCCUUUAAAAUUCCCAGGUUCUUUCUUAUACCCAGUGACUAGCUACCUCAGAAAAUAGAUUUUUGAAUGUACUUUACCUUUUCCAAUCUCGAAUCGUUCUGAUAACUUUGCUCCAAAAAUGAACAUCCAUGUCAUAUGGAGAGCCUGUAAUAAGAAGGCUCCCUUUAUUUUGAAUGAGCGGACCUGACUGAAAACUUGGAUGCUUGGAAAAAAUCGAUUAAGAGCAUUGAUGAAGCUACAGUUUGGAGGGAUGAGUGAUGGCGAGGUGUCUUUCAUUUCCUAACAUUGUUUUCACAUUGUAAAAAGCCAAUUUUGUGUUAAAAAUAAUUCCUCUUCUGCAGCGUACGUAGUAGCGUACGUAUAUAAAGUGGGGGGGAGAGACACAGAACAAUUAUUUUAAGAAGUGUGGGUGAGAAGGUUAUAUAGUCUUGUUUUUCAUAAUGAAAAUACUGCUGGUUUGUGCAGUGAAUGAAAAACGUGCUUUUCCAAUGCACUUUGCAUUGCCAAGAAGACAUUCAAGGGUCAAAUAUAUUCUAAAUCUUGCCAAUGUUAGGAAUUCGCAUUUUGGGAUCUGUAAUAAAUAAUACAAAACAGUUUUCUGUACGUUUUAGAACAUGUUUUAAAUUGAAAGCCAUUGUUUUGCCAUUGGCAAAAGUAAUUCAGAAGUUCAUUGACACUCUCCCUGUCUUGCCUCCUAGUACCACUGCCAUGUUACACUGUGUAUAGGGAAGAAGGAAUCUCAAGUUAUUGGAGCUGCAAAGACAAUUCAGGCCUGGGAUAUGCCCUCUUGGUUGCAAGUAGAAAUUUUACAGACAAAACAUGAAAAGUUAACUUUCUCAGUCAAUGUCCCAACCAUUAUCAGUUAUGCUUGCUUGAGAUGAUAGGUGCUGUGAAGUUUCUGGAGCCACAAGACGUGGAAAGUCAUAGUGUUAUUCCAAAUACCAAAAUGCAAAAUCAGAAUUCUCUCUCUCUCUUUUUUUUUUUAAUAAUGUGGAAAUUCCCAGUGGUAACGGUGAAUAAUAAAUGCUGAAGUAUAAAGUCAGAAAAGUUGGGUUUUAAAAAAAAUAAUAAUAUGUAAGAACCCUAAAAUAAUUGAUUGUAUGAAGUCUGUUUUAAACUAAAACUUUUGUCAGUCGGGAAUCUUGCAUGGACAUUUUAUGACUAGCUGUUUUAUUGGGAGAAUUGCAAUUUGCUACAGGUUAUCAAGUAAAGCGUGAGUUGCAUCGUUUCCAGUGUCAGUUC